AUGCUGAAACCGAGGACCAUUAUCGCAAAGUAUCUAUUAGUAUAUUAUCUCAUUCGUUAUGAAGGGAGGAAUCACGUGGCAGGAAAUGAGGGCACAGAAGGUACGGAGGGCCAGGACCAAGGAGGAGCGAAUGGUGUACCGAUAUCGGGGCAGGGAUCAUCUACGGCCAGACAAGUUGCAGCAACACUGUCAGGUACACAGCAACAACUAGUUUCUGCGCCAGAUGGAACGGGCAUAGGCAGUGGAGAGGACAUAUCAGGUCCUGCCAUCGAAGAACAUAAGAUAGGAGAAGGCAGCUCUUCUCCAUCAAGUUCGACUGAAAAGACGGUGACUCUGGUCGAUCCUGCAAAUUUAAUUGAAGUAGACGUGGAAAAUAAGAUAACUACGGAUAAAAUUGAUUAUUAUCAAAAAGAGAAUGAUAACACAGAUGUGUUCGCAGCCAAAGAUCCACACUUCUUCUUUAAAAUUAAAAAGGGAAAUGAGGUAUUGUGGGAAUCGAAGAGUGAGGUGUACCCGAAGAAGGUGUACGCAAAGCCCACUUCUACAGGGAAGACAAAACUGAGGUUGUUCUACCCUAAGGGAACCCAUAUAAGCUUGGACGCCCAAAAUUCAUUUAACCUGAACGUUAAUUACAAGCAAACAAAUAACUUCUAUGAACAUGCCCAUAAUGAUGAAGAGAGCCUUGAUUCAUUUAAAUGUAAACAAGGCUAUAAGAUCAGAUUGCUACAAAAGGGGCCUCACGUGCUGUGGGAAAAGGAAGCGGCAGGAGAGUACGCAGUAGAAGUUGACGUAUUCACAAUGCAAGAUAACAAGCUGGCAAUAGUGAUUUACCUGGAGGGAGGACGCAGGCUGAUUUGCUAUAAGCAAGACCCAGAGGCAGAAGGUGCAAUCUUUAAGUGCGAAGAAGAGGACGACAUAAAGCUAGUAUCAUCAAGUACUACAAAACCGCCACCUCUUCAGUUGUUCACACAGGGAAGCAGUAGUGCAAAUGACUCAAACAAGUUCGACCACGAAAAAAAAGAUAAAAUGGAUCAUUACACAUUUAAAGACGAUGCCAAGUGUACAGAAAUCAAGGUGGGUCAGGAUAGCCUGUGGAGAUACAGUUCAGAUGACAAGUAUCCGAAGAAAGUUAGCCACUACUUUAAUCUGCUAGUUGUAACCUUCAAUAACGAAGAAAAGUUUAUAUACAUUAAAAGGGAUGACCAUUGGGAGCAUUCAAUUGGAGGAAUAGAAGGAACUGUAGGUGCUGACCAAAGUGACGACGCUUUAAUAGCUGAGGCGGCACCUGCUGAAUCACAGGAUCCAAACAAAAUUGAAUCCAUAGACUUGGACGACUUCGAGAUAGUAGACAGCCGCGAUCAAAGCAAAUCUAGUCCACCAUUGACUCAGACACAGCCCUCUAAACCUGAAGACGACGGUGAAACUGGAGAAGAUAUCGACUUGACUGGUGGUGGUGGAUCCGGUGCCCCAACAACAGUUCCUGAAACAACGCCAGCUACUAAAACAACACCAGAAACUAGUACAUCAACAGGUGCACCUGAAGAUGGAACCGACGGCACAACUGGAACAUCUGCUGAAGGCACAGACGGAACAUCAGGUUCUGAUGGAUCAGGUACAGAUGCAUCAGGAACGGAUGGCACAACUGGUGCUGAUGGAUCAGGUACUACUCCUGAUGGAGAUGCAUCAGGUGCAGAUGGUACAGAUGGAACCACAGGUACAGCAACAGCUCCAGAAAGUGGUGCUUCUACAACUCCUGAUCCUUCUGGUACAGCAACAAGCGAGUCUCCUGAUGCCACGUCAGGCGGUCAAGAUCAAUCUGGAACCGACGGAACAUCAACUGAUGCUGAUGGAUCUUCUGCACCUGAAUCGGGCUCAGAUGGAACAACUGGUGGCGGUAAAGAUGGAACAACUGGUGAUCCAUCAGGCACAGCCGGAACAUCUGCUGAUCAAGAUGGAUCAGGUACAUCCUCUGGCCAAGACCAAGAAGGAUCUUCAUCUGCUGAGGGUGGCACUGACGGAGCAUCAACUGGUGGUGACGGUUCUGGCACUACUGGAACAUCGGGUGGCGAUCAAGACGGAACUGCUGGUACAGCAACCACACCUGAUUCUACAGAUUCAUCAGGCGAAGGCACCACAGAAACAACAACUGUUGAUCAAGACUCAACCGGAGGCGAUGCUACAUCAACAGGUGGUGGAGCUACGCCAGUUCCAGGAGCUUCCGCAACUCCAGUUCCUAAAGCGGCUUCGACAACCCCAGUUGCUAAAUCGGCAUCAGCAGCUCCAGUUGCUCGAGCAGCAGCAGCAACUCCUGCCACACCUGCCUCUCAAUCGACACCUGUAGCUUCAUCUGCUCAAUCAGCGCCAGUAGCUAAAGCAGCCAGUGUCUCUUCAUCUGCUCAAUCAGGGCCAGUAGCUAAAGCAGCAUCAGCAGCACCUGCAGUUCCAGUUGCUUCAAGUUCUACGGCUUCACCCGCAUCUAGAGCGACACCAGUCGCUAAAGCAGCGCCAUCAGUUCCAGGCACUACUGCCACCCCAGUCGCCUCAACUGCACAACCUAGAUCACGAUCGGCUCCAUCUCCAGCAGGAUCAGCACGGCAGACAGGAGGUAUAUCAAUUAGUCUCGACGACGACGAGGAAGACUUGAUAGGAUCGCCACAAAACCCAGAAAGAUGGAUAAGAGCGUCAGCGAUGCUAAAACUCAGUUACUACCCAUUGUAUAAAUUUGUACCAAGUCUGGAGAUUUCAACCCUGGACCCAAAUGACCCACAAAAAAAUGUAGUUAACGACACUAAUUGCUACGAAACUUCGCACGAAAAGGGUAACAUCAUAUAUAAAUUUAAGUCGGAUACUAAGUGUGUCCUUAUCAAGGCUGACGGUAAGGACUUGUGGAAACGUGAACAGGGAGAGGAUAAGGCAGAAAUAUAUCCUCAAUACAUAGUCACGGUUACUAAGUUUGUAUUUGUAGUAUUCGAAGGAUACUUUAAGUUGUAUAAAGUAAAUGCAGACAACUGUAGUGAUUUAUUUGAAUCAAUGCCAACAUUGAAGCUAUUGAACAUUAAAAAAACUGAUGAAAAGUUUUAUAAUUACACGAAAGAUGACAAAGCGAAAAUAUAUAUAUACACAGCAAAGAAUGAAGUUUUAUUCAACUCAGUAAAAAAGCUAAAGGGAUCAUGCGGUGGAACAACCACUGACAUAUGGGACACCAAGUACCCAGAAGAAUAUGCAACCAAAGUAAUCAGGAAAGAAUCAGGGAAGAAAGAUAAGUACCUGUGUGUCUACCAUUACAACGGAAACUAUUCGCUGUUAUUUAAGAGAAAAGGAGCCAAACUGUGGGAAGAUAGAACGUCGGAAAAGUUCUAUCCAUCAGAGUUCAGAUUCCACACUUUGAACGAAAAGGGAACGCAAUGUGAAGAGUUGGAAACAAGUAAGAGAGAAAUAGAGGUGGACGGAUUCAUAAAGAGAUAUAAGUUCGUAGACGGAGCCAAGUGUCACGAAAUAAGGUGCAGAAACGUUAAGCUGUGGAGACACGAUAAGAUUAAGUUCGGAGACGACUACCCGAAGCAGAUGGCACUGAACAUGCUGACCAAUGAAGUAACAGUGAAGCUUAACGAGAUAAGUUUCGUGUAUAAAUACAAAGAAAACGAUACGGUAUGGGAAUUGGAAGCUCCGACGUUUGGCGACUACUACAUGAAGAGGCUAGUGGUAGUAACGGUUGACGAAAACGGAACUAACUCGAGCGAAAACAACACGAACAGAUACGAAUUAAACAAGUACGGCACAGGAUUGGUGUAUAAGAUUAAGGGAGACUCAAAAUUCGUUGAAGUUAAGAACGGAGCCAGAUCACUGUGGAAACACGUUGACGGCUCCGAGCACCCAAGGAUUCUGUACCACGACAUAAAAAACAACAAACUGUUCGUAAGAUUUAAAGACACACUGGGAAUAUGUAACGCAGGAGACUCGAAAAGCGUAAAGGCGGGAGAGGAGGCGCCAGAAGUGGAUAAGCUGGUACUGGUGACACUGGACGAAAGCGGCAACCGCAAGGAAAACGAAAUCAAAGACCUGGCGAAGAAGAGAGCGGAUGGUAGCGGUACAGACCCAAAUGAAGGUUCAGGAUCAACUGAUGCAACAGACGGUAGUGGUACCGAUCAUAAGGAAUCAGGAGAAUCAGGUCAGACCCCUGAAAAUGGUAGUACCAAUGGAAAUCAAACCCCGCCUUUCACAAAGGAGACUAUGGACAAAGAAUCGAAGAUGAUACACAGGUACAGGUUCGGAGAUAGGGUGAGGUGCGUAGAAGUGAAGGUGGGAGGAGAGUCGCUGUGGAGUUAUGAAAUCAACAAGCACGGAAGAGAGUACCCGAAGGAGGUGGUGCUAAAUCUGGAAAUGUCGACGCUGACGGUCAAUUUCGACUCACAGCUGAACUACAUAUACGUGCACGACGGAGAAAGUUGGAAGUUGGACUCGGAAAAUAACCUGUUAGACUACUACAUGGGCAAGUUCACAAUUGUGACAGCAGACGACGGAGAAGGAACGAACUCGAGAGAGAACGACGAGCUGGAGUACACGAUUGAACAUCAAAAUAGCGUGUUCUCGUUUUUCAUGCUCGAACAAGCGAAGUGUAUCAAGGUGAAGUACGAAGAACAAGUAGUGUGGUCGCAUAAGAAAGAAGAGCCGGAAAGAUAUGCAACGUCAGUGUCAUGUAACCCGCAGUCAGGGUCACUGGCAAUAGACACGGAAGGAGCAACAUUUAGAUAUUACAAGGAAAAUGGAGUGUGGAUACAAGGGUUUGACCCGUCGCUGCCACUGCCGCCAGAAAAGCACCCGCAAGGAUUCACAAUAGUAACGUUGGAGCAAGGAACGGAGAACACAGUGGAAAACGACCUCACUCAGUACGGAGUGUACGAUAGAGGAAUCGACUGUUACCUGUUCCACUUCCCGGAAGGGUCAAGAUGUGUGGAAUUUAAAUUUGAUGGAAGGAAUAUAUGGAGUCACCACUUAAAGUACAAGCAAAAUUACCCAGAGUCGAUAACAGUGGAUCUUAAGUCAGGAAUAGUGGAAAUUGAGAUAGGAGACAAGUCACUGACGUACCAGUUGUACCAACAAGACGAAUAG